AUGUAUUCUCUGACCCAACAUCACAUUCUUUACAUCAAGAGCGCAUUCUCCAUGUUAGGAGCACAUUCUCUAUGCUUUAGGAGGAGCGCAUCUCCAACGGUGGAGCACAUUCUCCAAGUGCCUGGUUACUUUGCUAAGGACUUCGUCGGAAUUCGACACACCUUCAUCCACGACAACCCCACUGGCCCAAGAAUGGCACAAGAGUUAACCCUAGGGAUUUUAAUUGACGUCGUCGACGACGAAUGGAUGAGAGAUACUCUUCCUGACGAUGAUCUCGCAUUACCCCCAUCACUCGUCCCUCGGAAUGAUGAUGCUGAAGAUUCCAAUCAUGAGGCACCACAAGCGGAUGGAGAUAUUUGGCACGAUCUUGCACUUGGGUCAACUCAGUAGUACAGAUGUUGUCUAACUGCAUCUUUGUUACACAUCUUCUAAUAUUUCAAAUUUUCAUUACAUAUGUUAUUAGCCUUAUGUUAUCUUACCCUAAGGUGGUGGUAUUUUUUUAUUUUUUUGAGAUUACAUUGCUUUCUUUAUAUUUAACUGUUUUGAAUUAGAGCCACAAGAUUCAGCGAUGUAUGUUUGGUUAGUCUUUUUAAUGUUUCGUUAAGCAAUAGUUGAAAUCCUGUAUAAUUAUAAACUUCAGAAUGUGGGAAGAUAAAAUAAAGCAAACCUGGACAAGGAUAAACAUCAAACAA